UUGCCAGGAAGUUUUGUCUGAGAGUUUUGGAACCUCAGCAAUAGCUACAGGGUGACUUCUUGGAUCCUCCACGUUUCCAGGUCCUAGUGAAGACUGGUGGACCCAGCUGGGGACAUGAGCCUAUCAGCUGGGCUCCCUGUGAGGCUCCUGCCGCUGCUGCUGCUGCUGCUACUGCUGCUGUGGUCUGUGGCCCCGCAGACGCGGCAGCCGCGUUCACAUUCUCUACGAUACCUCUUCAUGGGUGCCUCAGAGCCAGACCUUGGGCUGCCUUUGUUUGAGGCUAUGGGCUAUGUGGAUGACCAGCUCUUUGUGUUCUACAAUCAUGAGAGUCGCCGUGCUGAGCCCAGGGCCCCGUGGAUCUUGGGGCAGACCUCAAGCCAGCUGUGGCUUCAUCUGAGUCAGAGCCUGAAAGGGUGGGAUUACAUGUUCAUAGUGGACUUCUGGACCAUCAUGGGCAACUAUAAUCACAGUAAGGUCACGAAGUUGGGAGUGGUGCCCGAGUCCCACAUCCUGCAGGUGAUCCUAGGCUGUGAGGUGCAUGAAGACAACAGCACCAGUGGCUUCUGGAGGUAUGGCUAUGAUGGGCAAGAUCACCUUGAAUUCUGCCCCAAGACACUGAGCUGGAGCGCAGCCGAGCCAGGGGCCUGGGCCACCAAGGUGGAAUGGGAAGAGCACAAGAUCCGUGCCAAGCAGAACAAGGACUACCUGGAGAAGGACUGCCCCGAGCAGCUAAAACAGUUCCUGGAGCUGGGGAGAGGGAUUCUGAGACAGCAAGUGCCUACGUUGGUGAAAGUGACUCGCCACUGGGCCUCUACAGGGACCUCUCUAAGGUGUCAGGCUCUGAACUUCUUCCCCCAGAACAUCACCAUGAGGUGGUUGAAAGACAACCAGCCACUGGAUGCCAAGGAUGUCAACCCUGAGACUGUGCUGCCUAACGGGGAUGAAACCUAUCAGGGCUGGCUGACCUUGGCCGUGGCCCCUGGAGAGGAGACAAGGUUCACCUGUCAAGUGGAGCACCCAGGCAUGGAUCAGCCUCUCAUUGCCUCUUGGGAACCCGUGCCCUUGCUGUCUCGGGCCAUGAUUAUUGGGAUCAUCAGUGGGACCACCGUCUGUGUCAUCUUCUUUGUUGGAAUUCUGUUCCUAAUCUUAAGGAAAAGGAAGGCUUCAGGAGGAACCAUGGGUGACUAUGUCUUAACUGACUGUGAGUGACCUGCAACCUGCAGAACCACAGAAGAGCGAAGACUCGGCCAAAGGCUCGGAGGGGGCCCACUUGCUCCAUUCUAGGACACAGUUGGACCUAACACACAGAAACUGCCUGAGAGCAUGCUCUUAGCUUUUCCUGUUCACCUUCUUAAUGUGUUUUCUCCAGUUAAGUGCAGUUCAGAGUAACUGCCCCAAUUGCAACCUUUCCCUCCAGAACUGGUCUCAUGAUUCUUAAGCUGCUUCUUGGUAGCAUCCUGUAUUUCCUUCAUCCAUGUAGACUCUGUAUGUCUACUUAAAAAGCCCCUCUAAGUGUGGUGGAUACAUGAUUCAUUUCCACAUCUGAAAAAGUUAUGAACCUUCAUCCUGGGAUGCACACACAUACUUGUGCCAGAAUAUUCCAUCCAUAUCCUAGAAUCUAGGAUCCAUUCAACUGUCCUUUGAGCCUCUCCAUCUGUUAUCUAGUGACUCCUCUAUCACCAAGCCCUGACUUCUCUGCCAUUGGAGUAUUAUAUGGGUCAUCAAUAAAGCCGUGAAGGCUACACACUGUGCAACUUGAGGAGUCACCCACUGAGAAAAUAUAGAUGUUUGUGUACAUGAUGAUGGCUAUGUGUUCAUAUCUACACAGAGGUGAUGUGAUGUUUUCAAAGGUUUAUCUCAUAGACAUUUGUGACAUGAUACCUAUAAAGUACCCUCUCUCCUUGUCCCGAAAAUGGAAAUCAUGAGUGAUUAUCAUAAGGAAGUGUGGCUUGCACUUUUUCUGAGUAAGCACUCAAUAAUAUAUUCUACUCUGAUCACCGGCCAAACAUAAAGCAUAUGUAGACGUCCUAAUGAGUCUAUGAAACAGAAAUUAUUUUCUGCACUCAUGUUCCUUCUCUUUAGAUGCAAAAAGUGAAAACUCUCUCACAACUCACCCUCUGGUGAUACAGAAAGACAGCUGUAAAUGCCACCCUGGCUCUCAGAUGCACCAUCUGUACCACCCGACUGUAUGAGUGGCAUAAAGUGAGUAGGAAAAGAAGAAGAUGGCUCUUUUCUUGUCUCCUGAGGUUUCUUUUCAGUGAGUUUGACCCACAUGAUGGGGAAUAGCUGCCAAGCACUAGCCAGUCCUCAGCUAUCAUGAAUCCUUUCAAAAUUAGAGGGAGAGGGCAAGGACUAAGUAGUGACUCCAUUCCUCACCAGUCUCCUGCUUCCUCUGGCAUCUGGUUUGUUGUUGUUUACCUGUUUGUUUUUAUUAAGUUUCAUUAAAAAGCUUAGCCUAAGCCAGGCAGCGGUGGUACAUGACUUUAAUCCCAGCACUUGGGAGGCAGAGGCAGGUGAAUUUCUGAGUUCGAGGCCAGCCUGGUCUACAGAGUGAGUUCCAGGAUAGCCAGAGCUAUACAGAGAAACCCUGUCUCAGAAAACCAAAAAAAUAAAAUAAAAUAAAAUAAAAAGCUUAGCCUAUCUGUUGGGUACCUUCAAAGUUGAUGCCUCUGGAAUCAGAACUUUAAAGCGAUUGCCCUGUCAGCCAAUAAUUUGUCAAUAUGUCAAUCUUAAGGAAGUUAAAUGGAAGCUGUCAAAUGGCUUGUGUUGUGCCCAGGUUGUAAAACCUCCCAAAAAGACCACCAGGAAUCACAACCUGUGGUAAUCUCGUGAGAGUCUUUCUUCAAGCUUGAGCUUGGACCACCAACCUUCUUGAUGGAACAGGAAAGAAAGUAAACCCCCAGGUCUAAGUGAAAGGGGUUUAUAAAGGAAAAAACUGCAAGCAGGAUUUUCAAGCCUCGGCAUUACAUGAGAGGGUAAAGGAAUGCCAUCCUUCAAACCUGAUAACAUUUGUUCAGACAUCGGGGCGGAACUGUGCAGCUGGAAAGGGACCUUCCUGACCUGGGAAAAGUAAGUUCUGCUAUCAGAAGCUGGUGUGUUUUUACAACUGGCCACAGCUGUCUGGGAACACUUUGUUGUCUCUUUUUCAUAGUCUAAGAGUGGGCUAUUAUCAUUUUAAGGGUAUUGGUUUCUGUUUUUUUUAAGGGCAGGAGCCACCUGCACUGGAGAAGUGUUGGUUGUUUCAGUGACAUGGAGGCUAGGAUAUGCUGCUUUUUGUCUGUUUCCAAGGCUGGCAUUUGCCAACACCUAGGGGAGGCAAUCCUUAGGGGGAGGGAGUGUUAACUGCUCUGGUUCCACACAGGGUCAAGUAAGUAUAAGAUUUGAUGUGGAGGUUUUUUUGUGUCUCUUUACUUGGAGAAAUCUUGGAGUUGCUGGGGUUGUGCUGCUCAUUGUUAAUUAUGUACAUUUUAUAAUUCAAUCUAGACAACCUAGAAAUUACUAGAGUUCAGAAAAGACAUUCAUCUAAUGGUAAAAAGUCAAGCCUGUGUUUGCAUGUUUGUGUAUGUAUACACAUCUGUCUGCAUGAGGAUGUGUGUUCAUUAUAUGUAUACAUGUGUAUGCACAUGUGUGUGGGCUCCUGUCUCCACCCCGAUGGCACAUGCUCACUUCCCCCUAAUCACACAUUUGCCCACAUGACUAUGGUAUAAAUUCCAUCUUGAAACCCUAAUGCCUCAGACCAAUAGCUCCAAUUUCUUUAAUGAACACUGAAUUUCAGCUGAGACCUCAAUUUUUUUCUUGACCUUUGUAUUAUUUACUCUUUGUGAAGGUUAGUAGAAAUAAAACAUAAAAAUUUUAACUCAUUGUUGAAAAUAGAUUAAUGGAACACCAUCAUUUCCUCAAUGAGUGACAUGCUCUGCUAGCAGCUUGUGUAUUGCCUCCAUAUCACUCCUCUCAAAGUGUGCGCAACUAAUAAACGCGUGAUUUGGUAAA